GACGGAGGGAGUAGUACUAUAUAUUAAUUCAACGCAGCUCCCCAGCCUCCAUACGUCCGUCUUAGAUGUACCAAAACCAGAAUAAAAACCAUUUAUGGUCAACUCCACUUCUUAUUCUUUCACAUUAUAAUUCAUAUCACCAACAAUAAUAAUCCCAACCACUCCCCUGCUUCCUCUGCUUCCUCUGUUACGUAACACCACAUUGAGAAGCAAGAUGAAAGAAACAUUAAUCCUUUUCAUCUGUAGCUUCUUCAUCUUUAACUUUCUCAUUCCCAACGUUGUUUCUCAAUCUGAUGACUCCUGUAACUCCAAUCUUAGCUCCAUCAACUCCCAGCUUCCUUUCGACACCACUUCUUUCAAUUGCAAUUCGGUUUGGGCUUCUCAAGGUUUCAUCCUCAGAUAUUCAAAAACAGGGCCAGGGGAAUGGAGCUUCGUUCUGUCGGCUCCGAAUUCAAAUUCAAAUGCUUACGUAGCGAUUGGGUUUUCGCCCAACGGGAAGAUGGUCGGGUCAAGUGCGAUUGUGGGAUGGGUCGGAUCGGACGGUUUGCCGAUCAUCAAACGGUAUUUCUUGGGAGGACAAUCGCCGGCGGAGGUGGUGGCUGAUCGGAGCAACUUACAGGUGGGGAACGCAUCCAAAGCUCUAACGUCGCCUUCUCGAAUCUAUCUAGCUUUCCAGUUGACCAACACCGAUCAGCCCACGAACCGGAUCAUCUACGCCGUCGGACCCUCCGGCCUACUCCCCUCCGGCCCGCCUAAUUUCCGUUUGGUUCAGCACUCUGAUUAUAUCUCCACUGUCCUGAAUUAUGCCACGGGUCAAACCCAAACAAAGGGGUCAAACACAGAUUCACUGAGAAGAAGCCAUGGGAUACUAGUGAUAAUAUCAUGGGGAAUCAUGAUGCAGAUAGGAGCUUUGGUGGCUCGAUACAUGAGGCAAUGGGAUCCCAUCUGGUUUUACUCCCACGCUGCCAUCCAAUCAUUGAGUUUCAUCCUUGGCGUGGCCGGUAUUAUUUGUGGUUUAGUCUUAAGCAAUCGUGUCAGCACCGAUGUGGACAAACACAAAGCCAUCGGCAUCGUCGUUCUUAUUAUUGGCUGCCUCCAGGUUUUAAUCACAUCUUUUAUAUUACACGCUGUCAAUAACUAGUAUUAUUGAAUGAUCGUUACAUUCUCCAUUUCAUAAAAAUUGUAUUUUUUCGUCACGAUAAAGUGGACUAUUGACUAUUAGGUAAUAGAAGGGAUAAUUUGGUUAUAGUGACACUGAUACGGAUGAAUGGUGAUUUUUGGUAGGUGAUUGCGCUAUUGGCCCGGCCAGGGAAAGAAUCCAAAGUGAGGAAAUAUUGGAAUUGGUAUCACCAGGGACUGGGAAGAGUAUUGAUCGUGUUGGCCGCGAUAAAUGUUUUUUACGGUAUCAGCAUCGGUAAAGGAGGCAGUAAAUGGAAUGCUGCUUAUGCGGUUCCUCUGGUUAUCAUUUUUAUUACUUCUAUUGUUUUAGAGUUGAGAGUGAGACUGAGAGACUAAUUUUGUUUGUGUGAUCUGUUAAAUAUUUUGUGGUUUCUAGAUAUCAUUACUUUUAUUAUUAACUUAUUUUAUUAUUUGGGUCAAUGUAAUUUUUUUAAAAUCUUUUUUGGGAGUAGGACAAUAAUCCACCAUUUCUUACACUACAUAGAUACAUUGUAACUCACUAUACAAGAUUGCUUGAUCUUAUGAUGUAUCCUUUUACUUUUUAGGUGAUCCAUAU